ACCCGACAGAAAUGCGCUCAGACAGGAGUACCCGGGACUCACCAGACAUCCAAUCGACAGGGAUACACGUCGUCUGCAGUAGAGAGGGAUCCCAUUUCCACUGGAGGUCGCAUUGGUGCACCAACUGCAGAGUACGCCGUCGGUACGAGCCAAACGGAUGAUGAUGAUGGUGAAGCUGAAGACGGCGAGGAUCCAGGUGGCGAAGGAUUGACAAGUUUUGCUCCCGGACGUAAUCGAACAACUCACAGCGGGUCAGAUGAACCUGAGGUCACAGUUGCUCCUAGUGGUCUGCUUCAGUCGCAUCGCGUGUCAUCCACAAUGCAGCGAGAGGUGGCACAUCAAGAAAUAGAGUCUAGUGAUGUAGCAGCUGCCCUCAAUCGACUUCAGAGUAAGUUAUCGUGGCCUGCCACGACCCCAUAUUCUAAAGUUUACGCCCGCACGCUUUGCUGUGUAAAUGAAGAUUGA